AUGCCUCUCGUCGUACCCGGUGUUACUAGCAGCUCUGGCGACAAGACCGAGGAGUGGAGAAACAAGCUGGUUGGCAAGACGGUGUCCGACGACAGCCACAGCGAGACGAACUUCUGCAAGAAGGAGCUUCCCGAGCAAUGCCGCGUCAUUAAGCCUGGAAUGAUGGUGACCAAGGACUUCCAACCCGACAGACUCAAUGUACACGUCAAGGACGAUGGCACCGUUAGCCACGUCCAACACGGCUAA